AUGUCGGCAGUACGACUCCGUCCUCUUUUGCUGCCGACGUUACGUGCAUCUGCAUUGUCAGUUGCUUCACAAAGCAAACGCAGCUCGCACACAAUCUGGUACCCGGAUGCUGAAUUUGAGCGUGAUUUUAAGACCGCUGGAACGUUAGGCAAGUUAUGGUUCACGAGAAAAACUGACUAUGAUCAGCAAUUGGGCCUGGAUAAAUUCGCGAAGCUGAUGGCAAGCGCACCAGUGCAGUCAGAUGACUACAAAGGAAAACUUCGUGAGAAAUCGCUGGAGAAUAUGAUUCUCAAUUUUGGACCACAGCAUCCAGCGGCACACGGUGUUUUGCGACUUGUUUUGAAGCUUGAGGGCGAGGUGAUAAUCAAGGCAAUGCCACACAUUGGGCUUUUGCAUCGUGGUACUGAGAAGUUAAUGGAGUAUAAAACGUACACACAAUGCAUGCCAUAUAUGGAUCGGCUUGAUUAUGUGACUAUGUUUUGUAGUGAACAAGCUUUUGCUCUUGGCGUCGAAAAACUUCUCGGAAUUCAAGUACCACCUCGUGCUAAAUGGAUCAGAACGCUCUUUGCUGAAUUGAAUCGUCUAGCGAAUCACGCAUUCGGUAUUACAACGCAUGCACUUGAUAUUGGUGCCAUGACGCCGUUAUUUUGGCAGUUUGAAGAACGUGAAAAAUUAUUCGAGUUCAACGAACGCGUAUCGGGAGCACGUAUGCACAUUAAUUAUUUCCGCCCAGGCGGAGUCGCAUAUGAUUUACCAUUGGGAUUGUUGGAUGAUAUUUACGACUGGGCUGAAAAAUUUCCGGAAAGAAUCGACGAAGUGGAAGAUAUGCUAACUGACAACAGAAUUUGGAAGGUUCCUCUUGUAGUUUCUGGCAAGAAAAAUUUUAUGUUUAUCUUUGGGGAAGCUCAUGGUGCCGCGAUCAGCAGACUCAAGGAAAUUCUCGAAGAUAUGCUCCAGGCGCGAACGAUCGAUAUUGGUAUUGUAUCGGCACCAGAUGCACUUAAUCACGCCUAUUCAGGGGUAAUGUUGCGUGCAUCUGGCGUCAAGUGGGAUAUACGUAAAGCACAUCCAUACGACGCAUAUGAUCAAGUUGAAUUCGAUGUUCCGAUUGGAACGAAGGGCGAUUGUUACGAUCGUUAUUUGUGUCGUAUCGAAGAAAUGCGACAGAGUUUGCGUAUCGUCCAUCAGUGUCUCAAUAAGAUGCCUGCAGGAGAAAUCAAGAUUGACGACCACAAAAUUUCGCCACCUAAACGUCGUGAAAUGAAGACAAGCAUGGAGUCGUUAAUUCAUCACUUCAAAUUUUUCACCGAAGGAUUUCAAGUUCCUCCGGGCGCGUGCUACGUUCCCAUUGAAGCACCUAACGGCGAAUUCGGAACAUAUAUUGUUGCUGAUGGUACUUCGAAGCCAUAUCGUAUCUUCAUUCGUGGCCCAAGUUUCGCUCAUCUUUCAUCGCUACCAGAUGUUGCGUACAUGUCACUUAUUGCCGACGUUGUAGCCAUCAUUGGUACACUGGAUAUCGUGUUUGGUGAAGUGGAUCGUUGA